AUGGAAGCUUUCAGAAUUAAAAAGGAGGAAGAGGAGGAUAUCACAUUGAAAGAACCGUUUGGAGUGAAAGAAGAAGAGGAGGAAGAAGCUUUCGGGAUCAAAAAGGAAGAAGAGGAGGAGGAUAUUGUCUUGAAAAAAGAGGAAGAGCCUUCUAGAGUGAAAGAGGAUGAGGAAAGAGAGGAGGAGGAGACUGAACAAGAUCUGACGAUCACCACAGGAGAAAAAUCAGACUCAGAGGAACCAGAGACGUCCAAACCAGCAAAACGACACGACUGCUCCCACUGCGGGAAGAGUUUUACCAAGUUAGGGAACCUGAAAAGACAUGAGAGAACGCACACUGGAGCAAAGCCUCAUCACUGCUCCCAGUGUGGGAAGAGUUUUACUCAGUUAGGGAACCUAAAAAUACAUGAGAGAAUACACACAGGAGAGAAGCCUUACGAAUGCUCUCAAUGUGGAAUGUGUUUUACCAAGUUAGGGUACCUGAAAUCACAUGAGAGAACACACACAGGAGAGAAGCCUUUCCACUGCUCACUGUGCGGAAAGAGUUUUACGGAGUUAGGCAACAUGAAAAGGCAUGAGCGGACACACACAGGCGAGAAGCCUCAUCACUGCUCUCAAUGUGGAAAGACUUUUACCGAGUUAGGGAGCCUGAAAAUACAUACGAGAAUACACACCGGGGAGAAGCCUUUCCGCUGUUCCCUUUGUGGAAAGAGUUUUACAGAGUUAAGCAACCUGAAAAAACAUGAGCGGACACACACAGGAGAUAAGCCUUUCCACUGCUCCCUGUGUGGAAAGAGUUUUACAGAGUUAGGGAGUCUAAAAAUGCAUAAGAGAAUACACACAGGUGAGAAGCCUCAUCACUGUUCUCAGUGCGGAAAGACUUUUACCGAGUUAGGGAACCUGAAAAUGCAUGAGAGAAUACACACAGGAGAGAAGCCCUACCAAUGCUCCCUGUGCGUAAAGAGUUUUACCUCAUUAAGGCAAUUGAAAGAACAUGAAAGAAUCCACACCAUAGAGAAACGUUAGCAAUGCUCCUAGUGUGAAAUUAUAUAUUUUUUAACCAGUUAGUUUUAACCAGUCAGUUUUAACCAGUCAGUUUUAACCAGUUAGUUUUAACCAGUUAGGGCACCUGAAAUACCAUGAGUUAAUACAUACAGUGAAAAUGCCUUGCCACUGUUCCAGUGUAGAAAUUAAUAUAUCACAUCAAAUAUACUUUUAAGUUCAUGAGAAAACACAAAUAAUGCUCCAACACUUGUCUCAUAAAUUGUAAAACAAAAUGUUGUGCUUUUGUUUAUGCCACAUGAAAUCAAGUUGUAUAAAAAGGACCAAAAAAUACAUUAUGUUUUUUUAAUUUCAAAACAAUAACUGAAUAUGAAGCAGGCUAUGUCAGAGUGAAUGUAUCCGAGUAAAGAACGUCACGCUGCUUGCUUAGCGAUUACCACUUUCCCCUGAUUAGACACAUAUAAAUGAAUUGAUGUGGUCAGUGACUGAGAGGAAUAUGGUACCAGACAUUAACAUUCACAUACCUGGCUCGAACUCAGGACUGUCGUGGAAAAUUGCAAGAUUAUGUUAUAAUGCUUGUAUUGCAGUAUAAUGGUUGCUUUAUUCGACAGAAUAAAGUAUUGUGUGUGUGUUCCACUGAGGAUGGGCCUCUAUGAGAUAUAGCACUGACAGAGGAGAUUUACGAUGUCUAAGGGUGAUAAAGCCUAAAGAGCAUUCCAGAUAACAUGAGGUCAUGUUUUUGUGCUAUACCGUACCAGGGUGAGACGGGUUCUCGUUUGGAGUAGGAGGGGGCCAGACACUGGUCUUUACAAUGAGAACUGUUGACACAGCAGUAAC